CGGAGGACCCCGGCGGGCGGCCCAGGUUCGGGACCAUGAGCUGGAUUCCUUUCAAGAUUGGGCAGCCCAAGAAACAGAUUGUACCCAAAACAGUGGAGAGAGACUUUGAAAGGGAGUAUGGAAAACUCCAGCAUCAAUGGGCCACUCAUUAGCCCUAUCAGCACCUGGAAGCUGAGGCCAGUUCAGGUCACCAGGCUGCCAGUUCUCCCCCAGCAGAUGGCUUUAGAAGAGUCAUUACCAGUAGCCUUUGGGGACUUGGCCUCCUGCAGAACAUGCAGUUUGGGGCUGGAGGAGCAGACCAAGAGACUGCAGAAGGACAUGAAGAAGAGCACCGAUGCUGACCUGGCCAUGUCGAAAUCUGCUGUGAAGAUAUCCCUGGACUUACUUUCCAAUCCCCUCUGUGAGCAAGAUCAAGACUUUUUGAACAUGGUCACAGCCUUGGACACAGCCAUGAAGCGGAUGGAUGCCUUCAACCAAGAAAAGGUGAACCAGAUCCAAAAGACUGUGAUUGAACCCUUGAAAAAGUUUGGCAGUGUCUUCCCGAGCCUCAACAUGGCAGUGAAGCGGCGGGAGCAGGCCUUGCAGGACUACAGGAGACUCCAGGCCAAGGUGGAGAAGUACGAGGAGAAGGAGAAGACAGGACCCGUGCUGGCCAAGCUGCACCAGGCCCGAGAAGAGCUUCGGCCUGUGCGGGAUGACUUUGAGGCCAAGAACAAGCAGCUCUUGGAUGAGAUGCCACGGUUCUAUGGCAGCCGACUYGACUACUUCCAGCCCAGCUUUGAGUCCCUGAUCCGAGCGCAGGUCGUGUACUACUCAGAAAUGCAUAAGAUCUUUGGUGACCUUACCCAGCAGCUUGACCAGCCAGGCCACUCAGAUGAGCAGCGGGAGCGAGAGAACGAGGCCAAACUGAGCGAGCUCCGAGCCCUCUCUAUCGUGGCUGAUGACUGAGCUUCCAUCCUUCAAAGACUUCUGGGACACAGGCAACCUCUCUAGUCUUUGCCCUUAGCAGGCACAGGCUCAUGCUUCUCCCACUGGCUGCUGUUUUGGAGACAAGAGGUGGCCCCUGCUCCACCUUGUAAUCCUUUGAACUGAGUGUCUCCAUUCUCUUGAGCCUGUCACCAGGAGCCCCAAAUAGGCUGAUCUCUCCUCAGACACAGGUAAGCAGUGUAGAAAAACCCUAGGGGCUUUUUUAUUUCCUGAAGAACCGUCCAGAGUAUAACCUGACCUCAGGCCAGAGCAGCAGCCCCCUGGAAGGGCCUGGGUUUUGCCAUUGCAGUUGAGGGUCUUAGCCCUACUUGCACAGCAGGGAUCGCAUCUACCUCGAGGACACAUUCCUGGCCCCUCGUUGCUCUUCACACCAAAGAUUCUUCUGGGCAAGGUACAGGCACAGUCCUGAGGAACAGGAGAGCCCUGUUCCUCCAGCCCCAGCAGACCCCUCACUCCAGCAUGACAAAGGCGGGCUCAGUGCAGGGACAAGCCCUCGCUCUUCCGCAUUCCCUAGGACUGGGACUCGAUGUUAACUAUCCCCCCAUGCAGCAUGUGACACAUCAAUCCACAGGCCUCAAAGCAAGAGCAGUGGGUUUGUGUCUAACCUGGAUAUCUGGAAUUUUAUUUUUUCAAGUAAAGUUUCCAACAAAACAUCCACCUAGUGUUGUGCUGACUUGUGGAGAGAAGGGGAGCCCCUGGUUCAGCUAUCCCAGUUCCUGCCCACUUGGCAGAGGGCCUCUGCCUGAUUCCAGCAGGCAGGCAGCCUAGGGUGCAAAGGUUCAGGCUUUCCACCUCCUGGAAAGAACUGCCAGGGUGCAGACACUGGCUUAGGGCCAGGAGGCUGGGAGGGCA